AUGCCAACUUUAGUUGAAGACGCCACGAAGCAAUUCGAUGAAGCUUUGAAGCAAGCCUUCGGCGCCGCCGCGGACAACGUGUCCGUGGCCGCCGAAAAGGUGGGGGAGUUGGUCCACUCGAACAAGAAGAUCAACUUGAACCACGUCCACCGGUUGAUCAACGAGGGGUUGGUGAGCUCGGACGCGAGCCACCGCGAAGUGUCGGCGCGCGUCGUGGCCUCGAUCGCGCUCAAGAAGGACCGCCGCGUGGAAGCGUACACCGCCGGGUGGUUGCCCAACUUGUUGGACGCGUACGCGGACAAGAAGCUGAACGUGCGCGGCCCGGCCCAAGAAGCCGCCGUGGCGUUGGUGCAGUCGUUCAACGAGAACGCGCUCAGCUUUGUGUUGCCGUUGAUCUUUCAAGGUCUGGACCGCAUCAAGAAGUGGCAGACCAAGGAAGGCGCGCUCAACUUGAUCCUCGACUUUUGCGCGUUGCACCCGGUGCAAGUGUCGCGCAACCUCCCCGACAUCAUCCCCAAGGCGAUCGAGCAGAUCUGGGACACGCGUCCGGAGGUGAAGAAGGCCGCGAACGCCGUGAUGAUCAAGGCGUGCUCGACGGCGUCGAACGCGGACAUUGAGCCGUUCAUCCCUGCGUUGGUGUCUGCCAUGGCUGACCCGACCCAAGUGGCCGAGUGCGUGCACAAGUUGGCGUCCACGACGUUCGUCAAGACGGUGGAAUCCCCCGCGUUGGCCAUCAUGGAGCCUCUCUUGGUGCGUGGGUUGAACGAGAACAAGACGUCGGUGAAGCGCCAGACCGCGGUGAUCAUUGACAACAUGUGCAAGCUGGUCGAAGACCCUGCCGAAGCGCUGUUGUUCACGCCCAAGGUGUUGCCUACGUUGAAGCGCAUCAUCGAGUCGGUGGCCGACCCCGAAUGCCGCGACGUGGUCAAGCGCGCGCACAGCACGCUGCUCAUGGCCGCGGGGAACGUCGAGCUUAGCGAGGACGAAGGCAAGGUCGAGUUCUCGGCCGUGCUGGCCGCGUUGAAGGUCAUCAUCGCCAAGAUCCCGGCCGCCAAGAACGCGCACAUUGACGAAGCCACGCUCAACUACGUGGCCGGGAACGGGUUCUACCUGACGCUGGCCCGCAGCUUCAUCCCUGAAAAGUGGUCCCAGUCGGUCAAGCCGUACCUGCUCGCGUUCCUGGACGAGCACGAGAUCCCACACGUGACCAAGGACUUUCGUGAAAAGUGUUUCAAGGACAACAAGCUCAAGAUCGCCGACGACGUGAUCGAAGAAGACGUGGGUGAAGACUUGUGCGACUGCGAGUUCUCGCUCGCGUACGGUGGCAUGAUCCUGCUCAACAACGCGCGUCUGCAGCUCAAGAAGGGCCACCGGUACGGGUUGUGUGGCCCCAACGGCGCCGGCAAGUCGACGCUCAUGCGCGCGAUCGCGAACGGCCAGUUGGAAGGGUUCCCGUCCAAGGACGAAGUGCGCACGGUGUACGUCGAGCACAACUUGCAAGCGGAGGAAGCCGACCUGUCGGUGCUGGACUUUAUCUCCAAGGACCCCAACUUUGAGGGCGUGCUGUCCCGCAAGGAAGUGUCGGACACGCUUUCGUCUGUGGGGUUCACCGACCCGAUGCAAGCGCAAGCCGUGGGGUCGCUCUCGGGGGGAUGGAAGAUGAAGCUCGAAUUGGCCCGCGCCAUGCUCAUGAAGGCCGACAUUUUGUUGCUGGACGAACCGACCAACCACUUGGACGUGGCCAACAACCGCAAGCUCAAGACGUACGUGGGCAACAUGUCUCACUUUGUGGAGCUGCGCCCGGAAGCCAAGGCGUACUACAACCUGGAGGCGGCCACGUUCGCGUUCAAGUUCCCUGAGCCGGGUUUCUUGGCCGACAUCAAGAACAAGGGCAAGCCCAUCAUCCGCAUGAACAACUGCUCGUACCAGUACCCUGGCACGACCAAGCCGUCGAUCAACAACAUCACGAUCACGUGCGCGCUGUCGUCGCGCAUUGCCGUGAUCGGGCCCAACGGCGCCGGCAAGUCGACCAUGAUCAAGAUGUUGACGGGCGAAGUGGAGCCGACGACCGGUACCAUGUGGAAGCAUCCGUCCAUGCGCUUUGCGUACGUGGCGCAGCAUGCGUUCCAUCACAUCGAAGAGCACUUGGACUUGACGGCCAACCAGUACAUCCAAUGGCGUUUCCAGUCUGGCGAGGACAAGGAACUGAUGGCCAAGGAGACGCGCAAGAUCAGCCCCGAAGAGAAGGCGCGGUUGGAGCAGCCCGUCAACUGGGAGGGCGAGAAGCGCGUGCUCGAGACGAUCGAGAACCGCCGCAAGCUGAAAAAGUCGUUCGAGUACGAGAUCAAGUGGGUCAAGUUGCCCGACACGGAAAACUCGUGGGUGCCGCGUGAGAAGCUCGAAAAGUGGGGCUUUGAGAAGCUGCUCCAGAUUGCCGACGAUCGCGAGGCGGCGCGCGCCAACUUGCAGGCGCGCCCCGUCACGGCCAUCGCCGUGCAAAAGCACUUGGACAACUUUGGCUUGGGCCCCGAGUUCGGCACGCACUCGCGCAUGCGCGGGCUCUCGGGCGGGCAAAAGGUCAAGGUCGUGCUGGGCGCCGCCAUGUGGCUCAACCCGCACAUCUUGGUGCUGGAUGAACCGACCAACUACUUGGAUCGCGACUCGCUGGGCGCGCUCGCCACGGCCAUCAAGGAGUUUGGCGGCGGAGUCGUCAUGAUCUCGCACAACCGCGAGUUCACGGACCAUUUGGCGAUUGAAACGUGGAACGUCGAAGCCGGCCACUGCUCGAUCGAGGGCCAGGUCAUGGAGGACAAGACCAAGAUCGAACAGAUCGACUCGCAGGAAACCGUCGACGCGUUCGGCAACAAGCAAGUCACCAAGGUCAAGCGAAAGCUCACCCGCAAGGAACUCAAGGCCAAGCUCAAGUUGAAGAAGGAAGCCGAGAAGCGCGGAGAAAUCUACGAAGACUCGGACUUGGACGACUACGAAGACGAAUAA